AAACCAUUUAUAGUCUCGGCAAAUCUUUAAAAAGUUCUUAACCUUUAAAUGGUGCACUUUAUCAUAAUGCUUAAAAAUGGGUACCGUUUUAGCUUCUCACGUUGAAGACAAGAUAAGCCAUAACUCCCUCUAUACAUCAAAUAAUGGUACAGCCUGCCAGGUUGGCUACGGCCACGUCAUCACGUUGUUUCCCAAAAUAGAAAAUUACGCCUGUCUUGGUUAUUGUGUCUUCCCGUUACUACACUGAGGUGGAAGUGUUGACGUUGCCGAUAUAAAGAAGACUGGUUCUCACAGGGCUGACGACAGUGUGUCUUAUCAACCCAGCUGGUGGGAUACACGUUUGCCAGGGUGAGUUGGAGAUUUUCUGACUGAAGACAUGUCUGUUUUGGCGAUACAAAAUGAACCCGGAAGUUGGAUAUUUGGAGAAACUGUUGCAAGAAGCAGAUGUGUUGGUGGAAAAAACUCAAGACAGAUGACAGACGUACAGACUCUCCCAACAGUCAGCAUCGCAGAUGAUGUGAAUGUCCUGGAUCUCCUGUUUGAUGACAAGGAAGGUGUCCUCAUAGAUGACGCUUUUGUAGGAUCAAUGGGAUCAGAUGAUUCCAGUGGUUUGUCCCCCAGCUCCAGUGAUUUGGGCAGUGAAAAUGGGACGUUCAUGUUUCCAGAAGACAACCUGGGCUUCUCCGACCUGAUGGAGGCCAUUAUGGACAGGAACACCAGGAAACCAGCAGACUUGCAGCAGAAUCCUGCAACAAUAUCCACUGUGCAGACAUCAGGCACUAUGGAUGAGGAGGAUGAUGACGACAAUGCGGGAGACUCUGAUGUCUGUAUAGACCUGCCAUGGGGUGCUGCAGAAGACUACUUCAAUCAGGACUCUCCUGAAGUCGACACUGACAGUAUGACACUCCCCAUGUACACCAGGAGUGGAACUAAGUUUCCUGAGCUAAAACUGACAGAUGAAGAGAAGAAACUACUCAAUGCAGAAGGUGUCACAUUGCCACAGCAUCUCCCACUCACCAAGCAAGAAGAGAAGGCACUGAAGAGAGUGCGAAGAAAAAUCAGAAACAAGAUCUCUGCACAGGAGAGCAGAAAGAGAAAGAAGGUGUACAUGGAUGGACUGGAAGACAGGGUUAAAGCCUGCACAGCCCAGAACCUAACUCUGGUGAAGAAAGUACAUCAACUUGAAAAACAAAAUGCCACUCUCAUGGAUCAGCUGAAGAAAUUGCAGUCGCUGAUCACAAACAGCACUAACAAAACAACACAGACCAGAACUAUUGUCAUGGUGCUGCUGCUGUCCUUCACACUGCUGAUCUUCCCCAGUCUCAGCCCCUUCAGCAAAAGUCCUGAGUCUGACUCUUCAGUUCAGGGCCACGUGCCAACAGGAGUUGUGUCCAGAAAUCUCCUAAAUGAGCAGUUCACCCGUGUGGGGGAGAUGGUUGAUGGGCUGGAGACGUCCCUGGCUGACCAGUUCUCACCAGCAGAGGAAGGCAUCCCCGCUGACCCACUCCAGGUAUAUGUGGUACAAAAUACCAGUGGAGAGUCAGAGGGCCCAGAUGCCACACAGUGGAAGGACAUGCGUGUAGCAGAACGGCCUAGUGACCAUAAUGCCACGCAAAAGCCUGUCAUAAAGCAUUCUGAUGAAAUAUAACCAUGUACAUGUAUAUUAAUAAACAAAAUGCUUUCAAGUUGACACAUUGCACUAUGUGAACGUUGUUUCCAACCUUUUCACACUAGUCAAUGCAAAGGUGCAAUUUUGUCCUUCUAAUAUAUGAGAUUACUUUUAUAGUACUUACUACCACAAGGAUGUGUUUGGAGUGUAUACCCUCCAGACUAACAUGAUAAAUAUGUAAAUGUUGAUGCAUGUUUUUGUAAAUAAAAAUCCCUGCUUGAAUGUUUUAUUGCUUCGACAGAUGAACUCUCCUGACUGUUCACUUGCACAGGCACAUACUUGUACAGAAAGCUAUAAGAAUGUAUAAAAAGUGUUGAUAUGCUUGUGCAUGAUGUGACAAAGAGAAGGAGUUCUAUGCUGCAUAGGCAGUGAUGUUUAGCAGAUGAGUAUGAGCCUCAAAGCCCUGAGGUCAGCAGUGGUGUAAUUCUAGCACAGUUCCUAUCCCAUUUGUGGAUGACAUACAAAAGAGUGCUGUAAAAAUGCAUGUCACACAUUAAAGGAAACCACAGUUAGCAUUGCAUUGUUAUGGGGAUGGAAAUACAAUGUAAUGAAACUUGACAAUUACUGCACAGAUGAUGUCAAAGUACAUGUACACUUUGCAAUAUCAUUGUAGGUAUCAGUAAUAGAUGAAUGACCUAAGCACAUAAAUAGUUAUAUAAUCUUUGGUUUUAUUUAUCUUUUCAAUGGAAGACAUUGUUAUUGUGUAGUGAUGUACACAAAGUGUAUCAAAGUAAUAAAAGUGAGAAAAGAA